AUGGACUCAAAAAAGACAAUCGACAAACCGUUUACUGACCAUGAUGAAUUUGCUGGCGGAAACGCCUUAGCUCUAUUGACCACUCCGGUAAAGUACGACAACGGAGAGCUGCGGGAUAUCCUGCGCUCUCCAUAUGUGUUUGGAGCAGCACUACUAGCAUCUUUCGGUGGAUUUUCCUUUGGUUAUGACCAGGGGGUUAUCUCUCUAAUUCUAGUAAUGUCCCAAUUCCGGAGCCAAUACCCCGAGACACAUCCCGAUAACCCACGGUAUGGAUUCCAUGUGGGGUUUAUGACGGCGAUGUUGGAGCUCGGGGCCUUCGUUGGUUGUUUAUUCCUGCCUUCGAUUGCUGACCGGAUGUCCCGUAAAUGGGGCCUGACAGUCGCCACAGUAUUCUUCGUUGUGGGUGCUGUUAUCCAAACAGCCGCAUUGAACUACAACUCUCUGGUUGCCGGAAGAUUCAUCGGCGGCAUUGGUGUAGGCACCCUAGCCAUGGGAAGCCCGUUGUAUAUCUCGGAAAUUGCACCCCCCCGCUUGGCGAGGCGCUCUUCUUGUAAUGGGAUCUAUCAAUCGAUCCCCAGCGAUUGGGCCUUUCGACUGCCUUUUCUACUACAGAUUUUCCCUGCCUUAGUUGUCGGCUGUGCAAUCCACUUUUUCCCUUUCUCUCCCCGAUGGCUCGCUAUGAAGGGACGUAAAUAUGAUAGCCUUUCAGCUCUGGCUAAGCUACGUCAGCGCCCCUCUCGUGAUGAGCAGGUGCAGCUUGAGUGGAAGGGUAUUCUGUCUGAAGUCCGCUUUCAGAACGAAAUUCUUGCGCGCGAGUAUCCCAGUUAUGAGUCCAAACCAUGGAUUACUGGCUUGCAGCAGUGGAUUGGACUUUUUCAACCUAAAUAUAUUCGACGAACAGCAGUAGCCCUGGCCAUUCCAUUUUUCCAGCAAUUUUCAGGAAUAAACGCAUUCGUAUACUAUGCACCGACCUUUUUCGAAGCACUGGGGCAGAGCAGUGACAUGUCUUUCAUUCUUUCGGGUUUAGUUAACGUCUGUCAACUUAUCGGUGGUAUUCCGAUUCUCAUACUUUUGGACCGUAUCGGCCGUCGAAAGCUCGCUGUCCUGGGGGGAAUCCUCGUGGCAAUUCCACAUCUAGUAAUGGCAGGACUGAUGGGUCGUUUCAGCGAAGAUUGGCCCUCCCAUGAAGCGGCAGAUAUCUACAUUCUAUCCUACGCAAUAUCCUAUGGACCACUCGCUUGGGUCCUACCGGCGGAGGUCUUCCCUAGCUCGAAGCGAGCGAAAGGCGUCGGCGCAGCCACGGCAAUGAUUUGGCUGUCCAAUUUCAUUAUUGGGGUGGUGGUCCCGGAGAUGCUUCUCAAGAUUGGAUGGGGCACGUUUCUUUUUUUUGGUAUUUUUUGUGUCGGGGCAACUGUCUUCUCAUUCUUGUUUGUUCCAGAGACAGCGCAGAAGUCUCUAGAGCAGGUGGCAGAGCUCUUUGGUGAUAAUAAGGAUGUCGAAGAGCUAGAGGUGCAAGCUCGCGUGGCGAGGGAGAUAUGGAAGGACCCGACGUGCACGGAUGGAUUAGAAGGGGCUGAUGGAGGUGUAUAA